ACAGGUAAAAACCCUAAAGAGUCCCAACCUAAGAAGGCAGACGAUAAAGGGAAAGAGCAAGCAGAUCCCUGCAGAGGAGAAACAUGUUCGGCGCCGAGAGUUCGGUUUAAGACCGAGGACGAUGAUAUGGACGGAGUAAUUGAAGAUCCGGGAAUGGUUGCCGAUGAAGAUUCGGAGAACAACAACGUUGCAGCUCGGGUUCCUUCGUUUUAUAUUGGAAAACCGCUUGUGGAUUUUGAUGCAGGGAUUGGAAGGGUGUGUAGCACAUUUUACCGUCCUGAUAACUAAUUUGCAGCAGGAAAGGUUGAAAUAGUUGUUCUAAAAAUUGCAAAGAAGCGUAUUCAUUAGUUUUCAUUUUUUUGCUACAAAAACUUUCUAGGAACCACCCGAUCUGCCAUGUCGUUUUUCUCGUGUUGUAGGCCGCUUAUUGCAAGUGCACCGGCAAAAUUCAUCGUCAUAAUACCGAGUUUCGGGUUUUUACAGUUUAUGACUCUUUAGUAAGGUUGACCCAUCACAAACUCAAAAGUGCAAUUAAUGGAAAAGUAAAAAACAGAAGGCAAAUUUCAUGUUUAAACAUUUGCAGAAGAGGUUUUUUGUAUUGUCCAAGAGGUUUUAUUUGAUGGUCACAGCACAGUAUCUCCGGUACAGCCUUCCAAGUUAAAACACCAGUUAAUAUACAUUUUUCUCAGUAUAAUUGGCUCUAUGAGAGUGAGAGGUUCAGUAUGUUAUGUCAUUUACAAAAGUGCGAAAUGGGUUGAUCUCAUACCAUUUAUGACGUCAUCUUCUGUGACAAUAUCAUUAAAAAUUCGCCAAAACUUGCCUCAGGAGAAAAAAGCCCUCUAAAAACAAAAUGUCUGGAAAUAAAAACAUUUAAGAAAAUUUUAAGAGAAAUGCUGUCUCGUUGCACGUUGCAGAAUGUUGAAUAAGUUACAUAAAGUAUCUAGUACCUAAAUCAAUUUAAUUUUCUGUUAGGUGCCUUGUAACCACACAUUCCUGGUGAUUCGUCGUCAAGGAAAAUCACGCGCUGAUCACGUGUACAGAUUCAACAAGGCGCCUUCACUGGGUCUUUUGGAGCCUGUUAGCCCCAUCAGGCAGUUUGCGAUCAGUGUUGUUACCAAUAGGUAUCCUUUGAAAAGUUCAGCAUGCUCUAUCAAAAUAACAUGAUCGAGUUGAACUGGCUUUUAUCAUACUUGCUACAACUUACAGGAGAGGGUUGUAGAGAGCAGGCGAGGGUGAGAGAUUUGUUUGUAUCACCCGUCAGAAAAUGAUAUUAAAGAACGAAAGAAAAGAAAAUACGAUCGCGAUGAUGACUAAAAGAUCAGGAAGACUAAAUUAAUAAGCUGCUGUUACUAUGACAACCACCAUAUUCUCUUGCUCCAAAACUGAUUCUAAAAGGCCCUAAAUCUGCUGUUUCUAUAAGGUGCACGUUGGCCAUUUAUCAGUUCAGAGAUUAACGAGACCCAGUUUGGUUUUAAAGGGAAAAUAGUGUCUCAGACUCCAUUUAGUUGACUGACCAUAAUUCCACAAGCGAUCGACAAAGUUUCUCUUGGACUAAAUAGAAGAAAUUAAGGAACAGAAUCCAGAAAAAUAAAUGAAUUAAAGAGAUUAGAAAGUCAAUGAAUCCUUCCUUGACUGAAAUUUGAGAUAUUUCGAGUCAUUUGUUAUUCUUACCAUUCUGGCUAACUGCGUGUUUCUCGUGGUUGAAAGCGCACCGGAGGAAGCCGAGUAAGUGAAUUAAACUGACAACAGAAAAACCAAUGAAAGGAAUAAUGCUGGCUUUUAUCGCGUUCACCACCAGUUUGUCGGUAGCUUAGACUACCGCUAGUCUAGGACGCCUUGGGUUCGGGUCUGUCUCACAUUUUUCCUUUGCGAGUUUCGUGACGUUACGAGAUUCGUACCUUUCUUAUUAACGUAAGAUUUCCUCUUUUAUCUAUCACCACAAAGGAUUUAUUCCAGGUUGCUGACCCUUUUUAAAGGAUCAGUAAAUUCCUCUACUAUUCUUGGCAAACCUGGAAGUUAAUUGAACAAAACCAUCUUAAUGGAUUAUUGGGGUUGGAAAGGGCCGGGAGAUCAUAUGAUGUGCCUAUGUUAUGUCUGGCCCAACCACGCAGGGUUUCACACCUUUUUCAGGCUUCGAUUCCAGCAAGGUUUUUGGGUGACCCUGAAGGAUUACAGAUACAAUAAGACUAUGAAGUAAUUGGUAGCUGAUGAAACAUUCUUCUUUCAGAUACUUUUUCUCUGGAAUAUACACGACGGAGAUGAUUCUCAAGAUUUUGUCUCGCGGGUUUAUUUUUCAUACAUACGCCUACCUCAGAGAUCCCUGGAAUUGGCUGGAUUUCAUAGUAGUAGUAUUGGGGUAAGUUAGGUAUUUGUAACAGAAAGUAAAUCUCCACAGUUUGCACUUUUUUAGUGUUUAAAAACUUGAAACGAGAGACUAGAAGUUUAUUGAUGCCUUUGAAACUUGCAGCGACAUUUCUCUUUUAAAAUGGUGAGGUUUUUCUUCCUUCAGAUAUAUCACAGUGGCACCUAAUAUCGCGAACUUAACGGGAAUCAGAACCAUCCGCGUGUUUCGAGCUCUUAGAACAUUUUCCGCCUUGAAAGGUAAGUCCACUUUAGUCGUGAAUUGAGUAGCCUCCGCUAGUUCUCGGGGAUCAAGAAGGAACCUUACACCCUUCUUCUUUAUGACACCACGUUUGGCAUCCUCCGAAAACCCCAACUCUCCAAUUUCAACUGCUUGUUACAGUAACUGCAAUCCAAACUGUGUAUAAUCGGUACUCUUUACAGAGGUAUAGCGAAAUAGCAUUAAAUAAUCCCUUAGAAAACCCCUAAAUAUUUGACGCUUUUUAAGGAAAUAAACUAAAAGGUUGUAUAUUUUUACGAUUGUAAAAAAAGAUUGUAACACUUUUUCCUUUCAAAUAACAGCAAACUUGUUUUGUUAUUGAAGGUCUCCGUGCGAUGGUAAACACGUUACUCCGAUCUCUGAAGCUACUGAGCGAUGUCCUGGUUUUGUUUUUCUUCUUUCUCGGUGUCAUGGCGCUCAUAGGACUGCAGCUGUUUUCUGGAGAACUGAGGAACAAAUGCGUCCUCAGCAUUCCAUUUGACAAUAAUUCUUUGAGCCUACAGGAGCGGAUUCUUAACGAAAGUAAGGCAUUAAUUGCAAGUUAGUUAUAACUACAGUAUUAACAUAAUAUCAUUCCUAUUUUACCAUCGUUAUCGUUAACCUUUAACUUCAAUCACUGAAAAUUUCUAACUGGGUUUUUCAUCAACGUGCUCCUACUUUGGCAAUUAUUAUGGUCAAUAAAGAAUCCUUACAUUUGACACAUACAAGUUAGCGGACAAGCCAUGAGAUUAUUCACAGAACACGGCAAAGGCUGGCUAGCGGUGUUUGCUAAGAGAAAAGCCCAGUAUACCUUGUUUGCCUUUCUCUCGACCUCUAUGUUAAUAAAAGGCAUCAUCUAAAAUCUUAAGAUCACUGAGGCAAGAAAAAGUAAUUCAUUUUCAGGUUUUUGGUUUACUUAUGACGGCGAACCUUUGAUCUGCGGAAACAGCUCCACCGCUGGGUGAGUAUUAGAUACCAAACAUUUUCAAAGAGUUAUUUCGAAAAACAAAACCCCAGUUGCAAAACACUCUUUGGCCGAUAAAUAAAAAAUUAUUCUUUAAAUAAGCUUGAAAUUGACACUUGUCCACCUUUCGACUCCACGUUUUUUUCAACUUUCGACAUGGACAAGUUUAGGAAAAUCCGUCAACUCCGCAGGAAAGAGCGUCUUUAAAUCAGUCGCGAAAUUUUACAAACGUUUGCAUGGUGGGGACACGAACCAGUGGAGCUCUAUCUUCGCUCGCUCAAGACGUACUUUCAACCUUAGCAAUUUUACUAAUUUCAAGGCGUUCUUUCCAGUGUUGUCGACCAGGGGCGGAUCCAGGAUUUUUCUUAGGAGUGGGUGCAUCACUAAGGAACUACUAUUUUUACGGCGUUUAACAUGAAUUCUUUAACCUCGUCUCAUGUUUAACUUCAACACCAAUAAAGCACAAAGUUUUGUUUUUUUAGAAUACCAGUUGUAUUAGAAAGCCGCAGGUCAUCUUAGGGGAGGGGGGGUGCACACUCCCCGCACCCAUCCCCCAGAUACGCCCCUGUCGAUGGAUUUUCUCUAACUUGUCAAUGUCAAAAGUUGAAAAACCGUGGAAAGGUCUAUCCAGAUAGUUUAAAUAUUUUGCAUCUUAUGUAGGUCUUGUCCAUCCAACUACUCUUGUAUGGCUCAUGCAGGACCAAACCCUGACCAUGGCUACACAUCGUUUGAUAAUAUUGGUUGGUCCCUACUUAUGGCCCUGCAGAUACUAACAAUGGAUUAUUGGGAAAACCUGUACGAGAAGGUAAUCGAGUCCAUUUAUAAAUAAAAGCUCUACAGUUAAACUGAAGUGUAUAAAAUGUUUAAAAAAUGGCUUCGAGCCCUUUUCUCUCCUUUUGACCUUGCACAGGGCGCAUGCCUAUUUAAUUUGGUUAGUUUACUAAGUGUUUCUAACUCUGUGAAAUUUUCAAGGGACUUUGUAUUUUUUGCAGAAUUUAGUGAAAUCAUGUCUUGUUUGAAACAAUACCUCUCCCCUUCAGGGUUCGCAGUGGCAGGUUACAGCUUAUAAAGGGCAGCGGUAUUUGUAUGCGGCCUUAAUCUUUUGCCUCAUUUCCAUCAAAAUAUUUAGUAAUACUUUUAGUUUUUCUAUGUUUAAGGUGUUACCGCUCUUACUUCAUUUCUUGGAGGUCAGAAAAAUCUUAAUUAGACCUGGCACCUUUUCCAAGCAAACAACUCUGCCUCUUCACGGUUCUCAUUAUUUAGAAACCUUAACCCUAGUUUCUGUUGUUCUCUCAGAUUAUCAGGUCAACUGGUGCAGUUUAUGUGGCUUAUUUCAUUAUUGGGAUAUUCUUCUGCUCUUUUUACCUAAUGAACUUGGUACUGGCGGUGGUGUAUUUAUCAUAUGAACAGGAGCUGUGUUCUGACGAGAGAGAGGUAAUAAAUAUAUUGAACAAAUUAGUAAGUUUCACAACCGCGAAAUGGUUAGCGGUUUUAAUGAGAUAAAGAAACAAAAGUAAGCUGCUUCAUCAACUGAAUUGACGAUACAGUGGCUCCUUAAAAAAUAGCCUGCGAAGACAUUGGAUGUAGUUACUUGUGAGGAUUUGUUCAUUACAUCCAACCAGGAACACGGUUUUACUUGAAUUAAAUGAAAUACUCGAAUUCCUAGUAUGAAUCGCAGCUAUAGCUUGCGCGGAUGUGCACUUCGUUCGUUAACAGUCAAAAGAAACGACAGGCGAAAAACGCGCGACGAAAGAACUUCUGAAAGCCUUGCAUGGGCAAGAAGCAUAGGUGUAGUUUCGAUAUUUGGUGAAGUCUCUUACCAUUUGGUUUUCUCUUUAAACUAUUAGAGAGAAAAGAGAACCCUCCUGCGACAAACUGGUCCUUCGUACCCAGCCGACAAGGAAACGUUAAGACGUCUCGUUCGUUUGGAUGGAAGCUCUCCUCCAGCAGCGAAGGAAGAACUAAUCGAUAAAGCUCACGGAGCAAAAGGCAAAGAAAAUGAAGCGCAUCAGUGCCUAUUGCCAGUUUGUGCACUCAGAGAGAGAACGGGAGUGAAUGAUGUACAGUGCAAUGUUCUUAUGCGUAUGCGCAACUUUUUACAAAAGGUGCGACAGUGGAUGUACGAUAUCACCUCUCAUUCCACUUUUGAUGUUAUAAUUGUCAUUCUGAUACUCUUAAACACUAUUGUACUGGCGUUGUAUCACCAUGGUAUUGGACCUGAGUUUCGGCACGUCUUGGACUCUAUCAAUCUAGUAAGUGUCAUCAUGACAUAUUUUUGUCCUUUGCCAUUGAUUCUCUUUUGUUUCAGGAAAGACGAGUUACCUUACAUACACAGAAAGUGUUUGAGUAUCUUAGAGUUUAGUCUUAACGGAAAUAAUUCUCCUAAAUACGUUUAAACUGAUGACCACCUAUCUAAUAUACGAACCUUUAAGUUAGGAAGGUUCUUCUUCGAAUGUCGGCAGAUCUAACCCGGUGGUCGUGGUUCAAUGCCCACCGGCGACAAAGAGUUCUUUUCUUCCUUUGUACGUACCUAAUUCUCUUUACUAAGAUACUCGGUGCGAUUUAUGGGAUAUUUCAAAUAAGUCAUUUGUUCAAUCAUAUAUGUCACAGUUGUAAAAAGCACAAUACAACAUAACAUAGCCUAAUGAUAGGCAUUUGGCAAAUAGCUAUGAUGAUAAGGACUUAAAGAUUGACACUUACAUUUCUUGGCUCUUCCUAUCAUUGCGGAACAAUUUAAAAAAACUCCUUGCCCUAUAUUACACAGGAUAACAGCCCCAAAGAAGUCGAGUUUUUUAUAGCUCUUUUCAUUUUUUCACACAGGUCUUUACAGUGCUAUUUGCGACGGAGAUUGUGUUCCGAUUGGUUGCAGUUGGACCGAAGGCGUUUAUCCGCAGUCGAUGGAACGUAUUUGACACAACAGUUGUAUCAGGAAGCUUGCUAGGUUACUUUUACAAGUCUGCGGAGGGACUCAGCAUCUUUAGAACGUUAAGAUUGGUAGGCGGUCAAAUAAAUCUCUCUCUUGAGUUCGACUUCGAGCCUUUUCCUAUAAGCAUGUUUCUUUUUCGUUUUCAUAUGAUUACGAAGGUUGAAUCAGAAUCAGUAUUAGUAUCAGUCUUCAUCGAGAUACAUUGUGGAAUUUGUCUACAUUCUUUAAAGUUACUCCAAGUUGAAACUCAUAAGUGAGCUUUGGAAUCACGUUUACGGAAUAUGACAAGGCAAGUUUUAAUUCAGGAAUUUCUCAAAUUAAGAGAUGGUAAAACAGACCAAAAUAAUUUAUGUGGAUGAAGCUAACAUGAAACAGUGAUAAAAAGUAAAGAGGAAACUUGGUCAUGGGGCACAAUUUGACUUUUUCUGUUUGCCGUGAAAGGUAUACGGGAUUCUAAAUCUCUCUACCAUAAUGGUAGGAAAUCGUUUGCCUGAGACAAAAGUGAUUCAAAUUGUACAUAUAUGUUAUUUGCCGACUUGCCUUGUAGGUGCGAGUUCUUUGUUUGGCUAAGUCGUGGAAGACGAUGGAGAGGUUGAUGAGAGCCAUUGCUAGAAGCGUUGAGCCUGUGGGUAAUAUCACGCUUAUCCUUGGUGUGGUUAUUUACAUAUUCGCUGUGCUGGGAAUAAAGGUAUUCGGUAAAUCUUACACACCAGAUAAGUUUGGUGAAGAUGGAGUACCACGCUGGAAUUUCAACGACUUUUGGCACGCUUGUAUGAUGGUUUUCAGAGUGCUGUGUGGGGAAUGGAUCGAGCCGCUCUGGGAUUGCAUGAGAGCGACUAGUGCAGCUAAGGCAACGAUGUUUUUCCUUACGGUUCUCGUUGUUGGAAAUUUUAUCGUGAGUGGAAACAAAUUUUUUCUUACCCUAUACUGUUCACGUUGCCAGUCUUUUCUUUGCAUACUCAUUUGCAUCUUUCCAAUUUUCUGUGCUUUAUCCCUAAGUUUUUUAAGGAUUAAAGUGCACGCGUACAAUUGUACAGCAAGAGUGACGUAACUGACGAAUUACUCUAUACAUAGAAUAAAUGAUGAAUUUACAAUAGAAGCAACAAUUAUCAAGUUGUUGAAAAAGAAAUAAAAAACUAUUGAACGAUUGUAAGGUGGACGUAUGUGCAGGAGAAUAGCUUCACCUUUGAUCUUUUUUUUGUUGUAUUUGUUUGAUGUUUUCCAGGUACUCAACCUGUUUGUUGCGCUUCUGGUAAACGCAUUUGACUUUAGGGAAACGGAUGCAAAUGCAGAUGCUGACACACUUUCAAUGGAGAGACAAUCCAGAUGCGACAUUAAACAGGCAUUCAGAACACGGAAAUCUCGCCUUUUUGUAGCAAAGUACCGCGAGCCUUUUCGCCUUUACGAGCUUCAGGUUUUAGAGAGCAGCCGUUGCUCAGACGAAAACACCGGGGGCUCACUGGCAAUAUGCGACCCCGAGCACCAUGAUGAAGAAUCCAAUGACAUUGCUUGUAAAAGUGAGGAGAAAAAUACUUUAAAUAGAUCACUUUGUAGCUUUCAUACUGUUGCACUGUUACUGGUUAGGAAAUCUGGUGCCAAAUUCUUGUCAAUCAACUUAACCUAGCUCCUUUAUCCAUUUGCAGUCAACUCCGAUUAGAGCGGACACUAUUGGGACCUCGAGUUAGUGUCCUUAUUAGCGAGAGUCCGUCAUAACGGCAGUCAAUCGUCUGCAGUUUAUUUCUGCCUGGAAUUUAGCUGCUGUCCGCAUUAUCGGAGUGUCCGUUGUUAUAGCGGGGUGGCUGCAAGGCGGUAGUGGACCCUACUUUUCAUUUCUGAUUGCCCAAUUAAACUAUGUGCCCUUACUGAUAUUCGUUUUAAAAAAGCGCACGACAAAACCGUUCCAUCAUAUUUCAUUUCAUUCCCUUUCAGGCAGAGACUUUGAUGAAAAAGACUCAAAUACAUCAAGAGAUAUAGUACGGAUGCCCGAAAAUAACUCUGAUUAUUCGCCCAGUGGCACACUGACCAAGGGAUGUAAAAUUGAACCUGAGGAUCGAGAUAUUCCUGAAAAUGGCCCAAGUUUGUCGAAACCGUUACCCACUCGAUAUAUGAUGGAGAUUGACGACUGCCUGCCGGAACGCUGCGUAAACGUUGACUGUCCAUUGUGGAAACCACUUUCAAAGCGUCAUUUUUGCUGGCUCAAGUUCCGAUGCAGAGUGAGAGUUUUCGUGGAAAAAAAGUACUUUGAAUGGUUUAUUCUUGCCACAGUGUUCAUGAGCAGUUUUACUCUGGUAUGUUCGGUUUGUUGACCGUUACCACUGCUGAAAGAUUUGUAAGAGACCUUAAUCAAAAUUUAUAAUACUCUUCUUAAGGUUUUAAGAGCUUAACUCAACAACUUUUUCAUGGCAAAUAUUUGAUUAUUCUAGGAAGAACUUUAUUGUGUUACUUCAUUCCAAAACUGUUUCCUUGUUUGCAGAUUUUUGAAGACGUCCAUCUACACGAGAAACCGAAGCUCGCCAAAACUUUAGAAAUUCUCAACUUCGUGUUCGCGGCCAUUUUUACCCUGGAGUUUAUACUGAAAGUAAUUGGCUUUGGGCUUAUUAAGUACUUUUCCUCAGCUUGGAACUGUCUGGACACUUUCAUUGUUUCAGUAAGUAUUUUUGAAGGAAAUACGAAAUCGAAGUUCUUAGGUUUGUUUAAGCUGAGUAUCUUAUCUUUUUAUGCAUCUUUUCCGCAGAUCUCAAUUGCUUGCGUUUUUGAAAACAAGAACCUGGCUGUGUUUCGUUCCCUGCGUACCCUGCGCGCAUUAAGACCUCUGAGGGCCAUCUCAAGACUGGAGGGCAUGAGGGUAAAUAAGAGAUUCCGUGCUUUUUUUCUCAGUUAAAAAUAUUUAAUAAAGAGAAUGUUAGGGGAAAAUAACAGAGCGAAAUAACAGAGUAAGGUAUAGUAAUUGGUGCCAUAAGCCUGCGAAGAUAAGCGUUUUAAGGGCAAGGUUACUAUAAUUGUCUUCCCCACUGUCCGCUGGUUGCUAGUCCGUUUAAGUAACAAGUAAAGAAAAAUACUCUGCCAAACGUUCGAGAGAGGGUAUUUGGUAGAAUACAGUAAUAUUACAAUGUAACAAGCGAGGGAAAUUUCAAUUCACUUCGACUCACUCCGGGAUAAAACGUUUUGGGCUUGGGUCUAUUGCACCCAAUCACUGGUGUUUUGAAAACUUAAGCAGAAAUUACAUGAAGUCACAAACAAGCCCAUUUUUCAUCUGAAGAGUAAGUACAGCACCACAAGCAUGUGCCUUAGUACAAACGGAGGCACUGAUCUCCUUAACUCCCAAGGUACACCUGGGCACCGCGUCUGAGUUCAAAUUUCCAAAAUAUUAAUAAGCUAUUGGCUAGUGCUAUGAGAAGUGAUUCUACCAAUCAUUAUUCAAUUUCUUUUAGGUGGUAGUUAACUCACUCUUUGCUGCUAUUCCUGGAAUUGGAAAUGUCCUGUUAGUUUCACUGCUCUUUUGGCUGAUAUUUAGUAUCCUUGGUGUUCAUCUCUUUUCUGGAAAGUUUUACAAGUGUGUGGACCAAGACAAUGAAAUAUUACCCUUCAGCGUGGUCGCCAACAAAGAGGAAUGCCUCAGUCAUCCUGACGGAUAUCGUUGGGUAAACUCCAAAGUGUCAUUUGAUAACGUGUUCACAGGCUUUCUCGCACUUAUGCAGGUGGUGAGUGAAUUUUCUAUAUUUCUUGGUAAUUUUCCUCGAUAAUACAACCUAAACAACCUAAGAGCCUGUAAGGUGAAGUAAAGUAGUAUAGUAGGGACCAACGUAUCAUGCUUUUCCUGUGGAAUCUAAUUAACUUGGGGUGGAAUACAUUUCAGGCGACCUUUGAGGGCUGGAUGGAAGUAAUGAAGGACGCAGUCGAUUCUACCGAGGUAUGUAUAUUACAGAAAUCAACAUUUGGGCUUAAGAAACUUGUCGUGUGCAACAUUUCCUUUGGGUAUGAUUAUAAAAUAAUAAUUAUAAUACUAUACUAAUUAUCCUCUCCCCUCAUUGGGGCUUUUCAGGGAUAAUGAAACAAAUAACUUAAAGGAAACAACAUGACAUGGUUAAAAAUCCCAACUGGUAGGGGGCGAAUCAGUUGGUUAUUUUACGAGCGUGGCCGAGGAUUUGAACUCGACACUACCGAGAACAAAUCCAGCUAGCGGUCAGGGCGGGACUCGAACUCGGGGCCUCCGAAUUAGAAGUCCAGUGCUCUAAACACUCGGCCACGCUACCUCCUUUAAAAUGCCGUUAUGUUAUGACAGAUAUGCGUAAAGUCACAAGACGAACCUCAGUUUAUGAAUCUUAUUCCCAGUCGCGAAAUUUUACAAACCAGACUAAACACUAACUUUAACGCUUUCUUUCAAGAAAACGGUUCAAACCUUGACGGCAAUAUCUUGCCUUGUUUAACAGAAAGGUUUGGUUCAUCUCUUGCACACACUAGAUCUAUUGGAAGAAUUCCUGGGGAAAACUUAAUUGUCUGUUAUAUGUUUCAGGUUGAUAUGCAGCCCAAGCAUGAAAACAGAUUAGUGUCGUACUGCUUCUUCGUUGCCUUCAUUGUUGUAGGAUCAUUCUUUGUGUUGAACCUCUUUGUUGGAGUGAUUAUCGAUAACUUUAACACCCUGAAAAAGAAGGUGAGGCACCUCAAAGUGUUAUUCGUUCUAGACGCUGAAAUCAAACACGGGAGACGGGCAGAUUGAAUCAAUGGAUUUCUGUAACAACUGGAAAAUCCGCUAAGAAAAGGAGAAAAUGUACCAAAUUGACCCCCAAAAUGUUAAAAUACUUCAGGAAUCGACACAAAAAAUUCUUCUGUACAGGCCUGUUCCAUUCAUUAGAAUUUCGCGCAAACAUAAGCUGCCCCCUUGGUUCUUCUUUAUUACCUCCCUGACCAAAAGAAGCAAUAACUCUUAGCAUGAGUCAAGGACUGAGAAUUCAUCGAAAGUGAAAAUUGAAAAACACCAUAUGGUUCUUGUACGAUGCUAAUGUCAUCUACAUUUUUUUAUACAAAGCAAAGUGGGCUCCCCAAAGUAGGGAUAGAAGAUAGAUGGGUCAUCAGAACUUUUAACCGUAGAUGCUCCAUGCAACAGUUGCCUUCAAAGUACUGCAAUAAAUGUACCCCAUACUGUAAUCAACGUCAAAACAAUCUUUCGAUUUUCUAUCGUAGUACGAGGAACUCAACAGCAUGGGAAUGCUACUGACCGAUAAACAGAGGAAAUGGGUCAAUUUUCUCAAGGAAGCUGCCAAAAAGAAACCCCCUAAUCGACAGAUUCGACCACAGGUAUGUAGUCUUACCACCUCUUGAAAUGUUCUCUCUCUCAGUUUUACUUUAGGAGGCGACCAGAGGUGAGACUGACUGGUACGUAUAGAAUAGAUGUUCCCUCGGCUGACGUAGAGAGAAAAUUUAAGGAAAAAGCAAAAAGUCUUCGCAAGGAACAGACAAAUAUUGAACUAUGCACAAUACAGCACUUAUGAACACUUUUCAGCCAAUGACAAUCGAGGCUGUAUCCUCAGAUCAGAAAUUGUAACUUUAUAACAAUCUUUGUUAACCUAGUUGGUGAAGGCUGCUUUAUGUUGAAGACAGGUCAUAAUUUAUCAUUUGGUUUAUUCUCAUAAUACAUAUGCUUGAUUAUGCAGUGACAGUGGAUGCUAAUCACCGCGUUAAUUUUGGUGAUUAAUUUUCUUGCUUUUAGGGACGAUGGUUUGGUUUGUUAUACGACGUGGUUUCAGGAGAUAAAUUUGAGGUGGUUAUUCUUACAGUAAUCAUGUGCAACAUGGUAAUGAUGACCAUACAACACUAUGGACAGUCAUCCCAAGUUUCAGACGUCCUUCAUAUCCUUUUUAUAAAAUGUCAGUGUCGGUCGUCUUCUCUCCCCAUCCUUAAGAUCAACCUUAAGAUAAAUUACGUUAAUGCAAGUUCAUACGUGUCUUAUUUGCCUUAACUGCUGUUUACGCCUGUCCAAUUUCGUUUUUACUGGGAUAUUUGUGUUAGAAGCUAUAGUCAAGAUUAUUGCACUGAGGACACAUUACUUCAAGAAGACCUGGAACAUAUUCGACUUUGUCAUUGUUAUCAGUUCUCUUGUGGGUAUGGAAUUUAAACAUUAUUUAUACCACCCUUUUGGACAACAAAGUUUCGUCAGUUUAUUUGGCAAAAAAAUGACAAACAUUGACCCUUGCGUUCGAAAGCACGUAAAACGUAAUUUUGAAGAAAAGUCAAGGUGAUAAUUAUAAAAGCUUGAAAUUCAGGUACAGUUGUAUCGCAUACUAUUUUUGUUUUCCCAGGGAAUGAUAUUAUAAGCGUGCAUGGGGAGCAAAGGUGGAGAAGUGGUGAAAGCGCUGGGGGCCGCGUUCAAAUCCUCGGCGUUGACGCAAUAUGCGGGGUUGAGUUUGUUUCUGGUUCUCUCUCUUUCUCCAAGAGGUUUUUCGCCGGGUGCUGCGAUUUAGCAUGGCGGUUUUUUACCACGUGAAUGGCUAGCUGCAAAGGGUCUAUUCCAAUUCGAACGGGAACGCACAUGUGUUCUUAAGAACUCCUAAGUGCUUCGUGGGUAAACAAAUUAAUUUUUUGUAUUUAAUUUGACAGACGUGAUGCUUGAUCAGUUUGAUGCCAACCAAGGUGUAGUUAGCCCCAGUCUCCUCCGUGUUCUACGAAUCUUCAGAAUCGCCAGGCUUCUCAGGCUAGUGGAAUUCGCCAAGGGUAUUCGUCAACUGUUGUGGGCUCUCAUGAUAUCGCUACCUGCACUCUUCAACAUUGGAACUCUACUCUUCAUGGUCAUGUUUAUUUACGCCAUCAUAGGCAUGUCAGCGUUUGGUCACGUGAAGCGCGCAGGUGAGUUAAAUGACACUGUAAACUUCGAGACAUUUUUUUCAUCACUGCUGUUGUUGUUUCGUCUGGCUACUGGCUCUGGCUGGAAUGACAUCAUGGAAGCCUUGUUACUGGAACCACCAGACUGUGAUCCCAGUUACCUCAAUCUUCCCCAUGGUAACUGCGGCUCCUUUGGCGCUGUGGUUUACUUGGCUAGCUACAUCAUAGUAGUGUUUCUUGUCAUUGUAAACAUGUACGUUGCUAUCAUUCUGGAAAACGUAAAUCGUGCUCACGAGAUCGAGGAUUUCUGUAUCACUAAAGAAAAUUUUGACAGCUAUUACGUAUCAUGGGGAGCCUUUGUUCUCGAUGGAAAGCAGUACCUUCCGGUGGCUCAACUGUCGGAAUUCGUGGCUUCCUUGGAUAAACCGUUUAUAAUUCCCAAACCAAACUCCGAAAUCUUGAGGGAUAUGGACAUUCCCGUGCGAUCAGGCGACCUAAUAUAUUGUUUCGAUCUGUUGAAAGCUCUGGUUCGACGUGUUCUGGAAGAGCACGGUGAAUCAGUAGAGGUGUUCAAGGAAAUCACCGUGAGAAUGGAGGCUAGCUUCAACAAGUCUUUCAUAACCCAGAAGAGGAUUUCCUCAAUAAAUGGGUCUACUAAGACUAAAAUGCUUGAAGAGGUGUCCGAGACAAUAACCUGACAAGUCAAGAAUUGACUAAAGAAGGGCCAGUUUAGUCAGCAAAAGAGCGUAGCGUGUUCGAGGUUAUCAAACUCCUUGAAACGUUGUUGUAGCAACAGUUUCCCCAAUGUUGCCAGUCUACAGGUCCGAAGUGAUCCCAAUUCUCAACCUCGAGAAUAAGUAGAAAUAUUUAUACAAAUACUUUGGGACCAGGCAAACAAGCAUAUCAAAAACGGUAUUAAUCAUUAAUAACGCACAAACUAAAGAUCAUGUAAGUAUGAUCUACUCUGGUGUUACAGAGUAUUUCAGCCAGCUUCAUUGCGGCUAUGAUCUAACAAAUGCGUUUCCAACCAUCAGCUCUCAUAUAUUAUUAAUUGCAAAGAUUAGUUUAGCAUUUAACCUUAAAUAAAAUGGUUCCUUGUUUUUUGUCCUUGAAGUUCAUAUAAUUUUAUUUUGCAGGGCGACUAUAUUUUGCGGAAAAAGGUAGAAUUUGCCAAACAAAGAAGUUUUAUAAUAGAUGCGCUUCUUUCGUGUUACCAUAAAAUAAUGUACGAUUACAAGUUUUUUCAAUAUGAGAGUCAUUAUGGUAAGUGAGCAAUUUAAAUCAUGUUUUGAAAAAUGCGGAGUGCAACACCAUGCCGUUGGGCUGCUGUUUUGCCCAUGCUUUUGCCUCAAAUAUGUAAAUUAUAUAAACAUCAAAUGGCACAACCCAUUACACGCUUACUACGAUGGGAAAAGAUAAAUUAACCGCAACUUAGAGAAUUCGGCUUGCUAUCUCAGUCAGAAAAUCGUCGUGGCAUACGUUCGGUUAAUAGCAUGGGAGAGGAGAACUGAGAGAAUUACUAGGUGAUCUUAGUUUAUAUUAGUUUUGCGUUCCUUAUUUUAAUAUUACCUACAUAUUGUAUCGCUUUCUUCAUAGCAAAGUAUGUAAUUUUGUUGGGCGAAUAAAUAACAGGCAAGCCUUUAAGUUGAAUCUCUGAUUCAGCAUUAGUUAUAUGUCUGGAGCGUUUUUGUAAUAAUAUCACCACUAUUACAACCGGCUUUCUCCUCCAAUAUAUUAAAACCAUCAAACACAUACACAGAGUAGUAUUUUACAUAUUGUACAACGCAACAUUGAAUUCUAGACAGCGGCUUCAAGGGGGGAUAUACGAAGAAUUAAAUUUCUCGCGUUUUCAUACGCAUUUCAAUCCGUUACUGCACUUCUGACCGCAGUACUUUGCAGAUUCCUGAGUUUAUUUGUGAUGACAGUGUAAUCGAUUCUCCUGACUUUCCUGUAAGUUUUUUUUCCUGUUUUCUCUUGAUCAUAAAAGGAGUUUCACAUAACCUAUACAAAAGCUGCUUGGUAAAUUUAACCUCAACGCGCAAAUGUACAAGGUAACCGAUCUGUGAAGUCAAACUGCCAUUCAAGAGUGUGUCGAUACGAUAUAGCCUUUGAGACAAUUCCACAUUUCUUAUAAAAAGAUUUUAGAAUAAAGUUAGCCUGAGAAAACAGCCGACAUUUGGCGACGCUUCCACUGGUUUCCUCGCCGUAUAACGUCUUAGAAACGAGCGCAGAAAUUCCAUUCUGACGACACGUCACUACCCAGAUCUGCGUAGUGCUUCUGAUUGGUCGUGCCCCGUGGGGAAUUUGAUUCAACCAAUCAGAAGCACUUCCCAGAUCUGAGUAGUGACGCGUCAUCAGUACAGAAUUUUUGCGCUCGUUUCUCAGACGUCAUUUGGUGGGGAAACCAUUGGUCGCGUCGCUAAAUGUCGGCUGUUUUCUCAGGCUAGAAUAAAGUACACAUUGAAAAAGAACACGAUUAACAAUAAUAUCAUUAUUACCGAAAUUCCGUGGCAGCAAAAAAUGGAAAUUGUAAAAACGGAUAAGUUUUGAAGACAUUUCGCCGGGGUGAGUCACUAUCUAUCAUGAGUUCAAGAACAUUCACAAAAUUUAUAAGAUGACAGAGAGUGUUAAUUACAUAUAGGGGGAAUAAUAACUAAUUGCAUAAGACUAACCCGAGUCAGCGCAAAUUGUGAAUGCAAGUGACGUAAAACAGGUACAAACAAAAGAAAAACUAGAGGAAGUCUCAAAUUACGAACAGUGAUCGAUUUGUUUAUUCACGGCGGGUUCUUUCCAUUGAAUAUGAAAGACUUUGCAGUGAAACUACGAGCCGCAGGCGCGUGGUUCCUCCUGAGUUUUGAACAUUUUAUGACGUCAUUUCUGUGGUCUAUAAGAGUGUAGACCAUGGAGAAUUGUGGUCGAUUUGUUAACUAGAAAUUAUCACAUUCACGGACAAAGAAACUACAUGUAUGUAGUCAAGGCUCCUUGGUAUGUAAAUAUUCAGAUCCAGUUAUUUCAGUCGGAGAAAAUCAAAGAAACCUAAAUCUUUAUUCAGCCGUAAUAAAAAGCUUUAUGCUUUAAAAGUGGUCAAAAGAAGGGUACUUUACACCUGCAUCUGAGAUCAACACUGAAAUAAUCCUAUCAGAAACACCUACAGACUUAAUUAAGCAUCAACCACAGGAAAUAAUUACUCAAUAUGCGAGAUGAAACAAACCAACUUCGUGACCUCUAAAUAAAUAUAAGACUUAGACAGGCAAAUAUAAGAUUUACUCAGUCAAGUUUAGAAUGCAUUGUAGUCACCUAGCUACGCGAGAGAUACAAUUCAAGAAAAACCUGUGUUUGUUUAAGCAAACUCGAAGACCACGUUUUACAUUAUCACGAGCUUUUGAUUCGUAUUUAGCCUGUCAACACUUUUUUUCUGAUUGGCUGGGAAAAUUGAAACCAAACAAGUUGUCAACAGGAUGUCAUUAGUUGAAGGGGACAACCCACGAUAUUCAUUUUACCUAAGAUUUCCCCAAGGUAUAGACGAGCAAUCUUCAGUUCCAGCGUUUGUGAAACAACGCCACCGGUUCCUGUACGAGUCGCUGCGGUUGAACAGAUUCUCCAUUGUGACACAAAGGUAAGCGCUCUAGAUUUUUACUAACUCGAUAUCAUUCAGUAUUUUUUUUCCUUUCACAACUUAUUUUUGAUGUUGUAGUCUUCCAUCCUUAUUAAUCUAAUGGGUAUUUUUUAAUAGCAACAUAUGCUCAUGUUGCCAGGCUCGAAACAAGUCCACAAAAUCCAACAGAGUUUUAUUUCAUCUUACACGAUCAGACCGGAUCAAUCGAUUACAAUCGCUCGAAGAGUCUGGAACGACUUAGGCUCGCAAACUCAUGCUCACACGAAGCAUUUCGUCACGUGAUCUUUACGUCAUCUCACACUUUCCCCGACUAUAAAUAAUGUCUUCCAAGGCAGUUCUACCAAUCUUUAGAAUCGCCAGGUUGCUCAGGCUAGUGGAAUUCGCCAAGGGUAUUCGUCAACUGUUGUGGGCUCUCAUGAUAUCGCUACCAGCACUGUUCAACGUUGGAACUCUACUCUUCAUGGUCAUGUUUAUUUACGCCAUCAUAGGCCUGUCGGCGUUUGGUCACGUGAAGCGCGCAGGUGAGUUAAAUGACACUGUAAACUUCGAGACCUUUUUUUCUUCGCUGCUGUUGCUAUUUCGUCUAGCUACUGGCUCUGGCUGGAAUGACAUCAUGGAAGCCUUGUUACUGGAACCACCAGACUGUGAUCCCAGCUACCUCAAUCUUCCAUAUGGUAACUGUGGCUCCUUUGGCGCUGUGAUUUACUUGGCUAGCUACAUCAUAGUAGUGUUUCUUGUCAUUGUAAACACGUACGUUGCUAUCAUUUUGGAAAACGUAAAUCGUGCUCAACGAGAUCGAGGACUUCUGUAUCACUAAAUUCUCAACCACGAGAAUAAGUGGAACUAUUUAUACAAAUACUUUGGCACAAGGCAAAUAAUUAUAUCAAAAACAUUAAUCAUUAAUAACGCAAAAACUAAAGAUCAUGUAAGUAUGAUUUACUUUGGUGUUACAGAGUAUUUCAGCCAGCUUCAUUGCAAUUGUGAAGAUUAGUCUAGUAUUUAACCAAAAAUAAUAAAAGGGUCCCUCGCUUUUUGUCCUUGAAGUUCAUGUAAUUUUAUUUUGCAGGGAGACUAUAUUUUGCGGAAAAAAGCAGAAUUUGCUAAACAAAGAAGUUUUAUAAUAGAUGCGCUUCUUUUGUGUUACAAUAAUGUGAUGUACGAUUACAGGUUUUUUCAAUAUGAGAGUCAUUAUGGUAAGCAACACUUUAUGUUUAGUGAGCAAUUUAAAUCAUGUUUUGAAAAAUAACAGAGUACAACACCAUGCUCCUAGGCAGCUGUUUUGAGCAUGCUCCUACCUCAAAUAUGUAAAUUGUAUAGACAUCAAAUGGCAAAAACCAUUACACUCUUACUACGGUGGAAAAAGAUAAAUUAACUGCAACGUAGAGAAUUCGGCGUGCUAUCUUAAUCAUUUGUUGCUAUCUCAGUCGUCGUGGCACUGAUGCGUUCGUUAAAUAGCGUGGUGAAAUACAUAGAUUUGUCUUUCAAAUGAAAGUUUCUCAUCAACUUUAUGCAGUAAAUAUCUACACAUAUUUAUACCAAGGGUUUCCAAGUCGUCACUGAUUUGGAUUGGGAUUUAAAUGAUUCUUUCAUCUUGGCGAUCAAAAAGCAUGACUAGCUACGUAGGAAAACCUGCUAUAUUAAAAAAAUUUAAAUACGGAAGAAAGUGAAAUUUUUGUUGUCUAAGUUAUCGAUUCUGCAUUACUACUGAUGAAGAAGCAUCAAAUUCGAGUAUUACAGUAAAAUUCGGCAAUGUGUGAUGAAUUGAACCUGGCAAUUUAAAGAACAACACUAACGCGGAGUACACGUAAUAAAGGCUAAUUGGCUUUCACAUUUGUCAGGAGAAUUCAUGAUUUUCUUCAAGCUGCUUAUGACCCUGAUAAACACUCUCUUCAAGGGCUGAUAUAAAUUUUUGCAGAUUAUACAACGAGAUGAAAGAUUUGAUAGUUUUUGCUCUGGUUUUUGCUCUCCUCUGCUUUACUGUGAACGCAAAACAUAAAAGUGAACAACAGGAUGAAUACGUCAUACUGUUUGACGCAGGUUCCAGUGGAACCCGUAUGUCAAUCUACCAGUUCCCGGAAAGCGGAAAAUCCUUAAAAACCUCUGAUGCGAAAGAGCUUGAUCCUUCCCCUAGCAAAAUAAAACGUGGUAUUUCAGAGCUUGCUGACGACCCGUCUGAAGUCGAAGCCUACAUGAUGCCACUAUUGGAGUCAGCCCAGAAGACCAUUCCACAAGACAAGCAAUCGUCAACUCCAAUAUAUUUGCUGGCUACAGCUGGAAUGAGGCUCGUUCCUACAGAUCAAGCAAACGCCAUAUUAGAUGAAGUUAGAAAACUGUUUCACGAUAAGGCUAAAUGUGUGAAAGAAGUGUCCUUUCUCUAACCAACCCAACUUAAGAGGCAAAUUCUAUGGGUUUUCAGCGUUAUAUUAUGCUUUAACAGAUAUUAACGCUGUUUGUUCUCAUUGCCAAAACAAUUUCGUCACCCCAGGGAAAAUUGACGUACAUCUGAAAUCACAUUGUGGCGAAAAUUACGAUGAAAUAAACAAGAACCGUUAUUGCAGGGAUAGGUGUUUUAGUGCUAACUAUAUUUAUGAGUUGUUAACCGCCGGCUACAGGUUGAGUCUUAAAAAGAAAAUCAGGAUCGCUAAUUCACUGAACGGGUUUGACCUGGAUUGGAAAAUGGGCGCUGUGCUCCAUAACGCUAGAAUCUUAAAAAUUAAAGGCAUAUCAAAAAAAUAGCUUUCUCGGAUAGAAAAUCUAAGGACGUCCACAGACAGUAGAGAAAUGUAUUAGUUUUAAUUUAUUCCGUUCUGUCUGUUCUGUGUCUAAACUGAGUUUAUGUAAAAGAGUCGAUGAAACAGAAAUAAACUUAUCUGCUAAGGGCACCCAACAUUGUUUAAUCAUUUGAUAUAUUUUUUUCUUCAGUCCCAUUAUCGUGAGAAAACGGAUUCGAUUUUGUUCAACAAGUUCUCUGGGGUGCUCGUAGGCCAUUCAACAAACGCCCCUUUUACAAAAACUUUGCAGAAAGGGGAGGGAGCCUAUUUAAGGGGCGCGUACUUUAGUUUCAUUAACCCGACUGAAAGGCUGAAACUUUUGGUUAGUGAAAAUUAACAUCUGAAUAAAAAAUUUAAAAACUAUAAAACAUUUAGAGAUAAAAAUGUAUAUUUUUAUAUUCACAAGACGUUAAGUUCAGUUCAAGUGUUCCAAAAAGCGUUAACAACAGAAGAACGGAUAUUUCAAGCGAUUUAACCACAAUUCUGUCCGUUAUUAAAUUUAUGGCGAGAUCGCACUGCAGUUCUAUGUGGAGUGAUGUCAGGUGGCAUAUCAAGAUGUCCGUCCACCAACUGUUUCAUAGUCCAGUCCAGUAUAUUCUUUCUCGCAAGCUGGCCGUGGCGGCCGUGGUAAGGAGCAACUUAAAAAUGGGCCGAUUGGAAAUACAGUACCUGGUUACAGAAAAAACUUGUAACAUAUAUUCACCUCAACAGACUCCUUAGAACCACAAAUUAAAUGUUCCCUCUUUUGUUAUUUAAAUUGCAUAGUUUAGUUUAAGUAAGAAACGUUUGACAUUGCUAUGAAUGUGGUUUAAAAAGCACGUUAAAGUAGAAAUACUGGUUAAAAACGAAGAAAAAUGUGAUAUCCUGGUAACUUACGAUAAAAGGUUAAGUCCUGGUUAAAUCCAGCAGAAAAAAAAAUACGUGUUUUAUGUAAAUAGAGUCCUGGUACCUGAGAGUAUCCAAUUUACUCAUAUUUCUUCAAUAAGGUAGGUUGCCUUGGUGGCUAUCCAAUAUACAACAUAUGCUUCACACCGAAUUUUUGUUUUUUGUUUUGUUUGAUUGUUUGCUUUUGUUUCUUUUUGCUUAGACUUCUUCUAGGAAUAUAACUGCGUAGUCUAUAGCUGCAUGUUUAAGACCCUACAGAGCACGAAUUAAAAGUUUUCUAUAUCUUUUCCUGAUAUGUACUAGUCUUAAUAUGACAUCUACCAGUAAGGUGGGAGGGUCUCAUCUAUUGUUGAAACACCAUCCAUUUCUCUUAUUCCAAUAGCAACAACAUGUAAUUCAAUUCAGGGUCAUAUAUUAAAUUGAAGUACUUAUGUCCUGAUCUUUUCCAUUGACUUACUUUCAUUCUUACCUGCUUUAAUUAAACGUGAUCUGAAAAGAGCAUUGUUGCCUGAAAAUAUCAAAUUUUCUCAUGUUUGUUCAAGGGGACAGGUUGCCGCGGUAGUGUUUCAACGUACCUCGUGUGGCCAGGGUUCGAGUCUUUGACCUUAGCACGCUUGCACGUGUGAACAAGAUAAACGAAAUGUGAAGUUAAACUGUUAUUCACAGGUUUGUCGGUAAGAAAUCGACCCCCAUUUGCAAAAUUCACUCUUAACUUUUUUUUCUGAGUUACGUACACGUCCGAAAGUAAACCAAUUUAAAACCAUUAUAAUUAUAAUAAUAAACAGCCAAAAUUGUCUCUCAAAUAGUAACAGGCGUUUAUAUAUGAAUUGAAAAGACAACACAAAAAUAAUCAUGGUGGAUGCUUUAGAGAACACCUGUUAAAAAUGGCUGGAAUAUGGUUGGCUUACAAUUCUUUAAGAACAUUUGCAAACGAAAAAUUACGUUUCCAUGAAAACACCCCUUCUGUGAUCUUCAAAGGGUGAACCAGAGGGACUCCCAUGUUUUCGUCGAAAAAUUAAAAUUAAACCCCUAAAGGAGACCAAUGUGGGCAUGGCUUAAGCAUAAACCUACAAUUUAUACCCCUAAGCGAGACGACGAGCAUCCCUGUCACGUUUAUAUGGGAGUUCCCCCCCGGGGUGAGAACUCCGAAACAAUGAACGUUUCUUUUUGUGCAGAUAUUUUGCCUAUGCUGUCUUGUUUGGAUGUACUCUUAUUACUCAUAAUCGUAUUUUUAUGAAUAUAAAAGGGCUUUUGGCUAAAAAAGAACUUUCAGAAGAAUAUACUACUAUUACUAUUAGUCCUUGUAGUAUGCAGGAUAUGUCUGUCACGUGAAUCUACAGUAGCUUAGUGGCCUCAGUUCCCCGACAAGUCUCUUGUAGCUGAGUGGUAGAGCAUCUGGAAUAGUAACCAAAAAGGUUAGGUUCAACUCCUGUUUGGAGUGUCAGGACGUAUUCUUCCAGCGGCCUGUGAAUCAUCUUUCUCUUUUUAAAAUUAGAGGUUUAAAAAAGGUGUAAAAAACAUGGCGCGAAAGAUUCAUUAACCUCGAGCCAAUUUAUGGACCAGACAAUCUUUUGUUUAAUUCUACUACCUUUUCCUGUGCUGUGUAAUUACCAGUGAAUGCCUACGUGUCAGUGGGGAAAGCUUUUUUAAAGAGGCUGGUCUGUCCCAAAAACUCUCUUAAGGCUAAGUUUCUGAAACAACCUCAUCACUUAGUUGGCGAGUCGUUCCUGAACGGAAGUAGAACUCUCCAUUGCAAGUGACAUAUUGCGGCACCAAGGUAAGCGCCCUGUUGACCUUUCACUUCGUUUUCUUUCCUUUAAAGAGGCCUCCUGGUCUUUGAGGUUUUUCACAAAGUUUUACGAUUCCUACAGAGAACAUUUUGAUUUGCAGAUGUUAGUGACUUCUUGUUUGGACGGUUAAGAAUAGGAAGAAGAAAACGGGAUUUCCCGUCAGCAUUUAGUUAUUUCCAGAACGUUCAUUUGGUUUUGUUGCUGACCAACACUUUAAGCUUGAACUGGCCGAAUUAACUUGGUUUGAAAUUUUAUAGUCGUGUAUGUAAUCUCGAACAAAACCUCGCUGCAGUGUCUCUGUGGGCUUUUCUAUCAUAUCUACGCAGUAGAUAUGACUACAUAUUUACUCCAAGGGGUUUUCUGGUCCGCGCUGUAUAAUAUAGUUGGUGCUAUUCAAAUUUUUUAUUUUUCAUCUCGAUUAACUAAUGCAAGGCAAGUUAUGUAAGUAAGCCUGUUACGCUUAACCGAAAAGAAAAACCUGUGAAUACAAAAGAGUGUCGAAAUUUCUCGAUUUCUGCAUAUUACUAUCUUAGAGCCUGAAACAGGCUACUUCACUUCCAUCCGUUUUAAAAUUCCUACAGCUCAUGCGUUUUUUUACCCGUUGACAAAACACGUAACAACAACAACUUCAACAGCAAGACCAGUGCAGUGCAGUCUGAAGGGAUAGGGAAGUCAUCCACCGCGGAAGACUUUACAAUCGUCGUAAACUAUUUAUGAUGAUGAUGAUUAUUUUUUUUGGCACUCCAGUUAUAGCGUUAAAAUCUUUCGGUUGAAUUGCACACCCCAAUGAGACAACAUACUUUUCUGAAUGUAUUGGGAUCAAAGUUAUGUUACAAAAUAUCACCCUGAUUAGAACGUUCCAGACGUGGGGGUAGCGAGAGGGCGAAAGAAUCUUCUCCUCCCUCCCCUCCCUCCUCUCCCGCUCUUCCUUUUUUUUUCUUUUUCUUCAUUUUUAACUUUGACCCCCAUUUUGCAUUGCUACGAUGGGAAAAGGCUAAAUAAUGAAACAUCGCGUUGUUUGAUAAAAAAUGAGGUGUUUUUCAAAGGCUCAAUAUAAUCAUUUUGUUUGAUAUAGUCUUUCAGAUCAGAUUCUAGAGGCCAAUCUUUUUCCUUUGGAUAUGUGCUUGGUGUCAAAGAAGUCUUGAAUGAUAUUAUUUUUGUUUACCAGUAAAAAUUAGUGAGCUUAGUUUCUUAUAAAUCUGUGAGCAAAGAGAAACUUUGUCAUCGUUUCGUGCUAAUUGAGAGAUCAGUGCUUUCGAAGAAGGAUAUUUCUGAUUCCUGUACAGCAAAUUCAAUCAUCAGUUGAGCUGUGCAUUCCUCAUUCGUACAAGAUGACAGUGUAGACUGUUUUGUCUACGUGCAUACGUAUCUUAUUUCCUUUGUUUUUUUGGACGCACAACAAAGAAAAUAGGAGACGUCUACUAGAAGGGUUUUGUGUCAUUUUCAUGUCAUUUGUGCCAGUGUAAAUGAUAAUAAAGAUGGCGUACGAAAGGGUGCCUGCUUUAAAACGAUUCUCAUUGCGGAUGCUAAAAGCUCUUAUUUUGAAGCAGUGCUGGAUGACUGGAUAGUCUGUGUGAUAAAAUCAAGAAUUUCUAAGUGCGCUGCAAAACAAGGAUAAAAAAACCUUGAGAAAAAUGACGAAAAAAGCCAAAAAGGCGCUUUUUUAGCAGCUUUUCGCGUCACGGCUCAAAGAGCGAGCGUGAGUCUACUCGAUUUUUCCGACUGAUAUUAAAAGGUCAGUAUAAGUGUAGCGCGGUUGUUUUACCUCAGAGUGACUGCAAGAACGAGUUAUAUUACUCGAGCAGGGAGCUUAACAAUUGUUUCACCUCGCCACCUAAAGAGAAAUGUAAAUCACAAGUGUGGCGCUAUUUAUUUGCCUCAUGGUUUCAAGAACGAGGCAUGUUAUGAGUGUAGCGCGCUUGUUUUGCCUCAUGGCUUCACGUAAGAAGUAUAUUAGGUAUAUUACAUAUGUAGCGCACUUGUUUUGCCUCAUCACUUUAAGAACAAGGUAUGUUACAUGACUGCGUAGCACGCUUGUUUCGCCUCAUUCCUUCAACAAUUUGGUACAAUAGGCACAUUGCAUUUGUAGCGCAACUAUUUUGCCCUAUUGUUAUAUGAUUGGCACGCUUGUUUAGUCCCACUGUUUCCAGAACGAGGUAUAUUAUAUAUGAGGCCCGUUUGUUUUGCUUCAUGACUCCAAGAACGAGGUAUAUUACGCGUCUAUCGCGCUUUUUUUUUGCCUCAUGGCUUCAAGAAUGUAGUAUAUUGUAUGCCCACGGCAGCAUUUUCUACCUUAUCUGAUGCCAGUUUGUUUUAUCUUUUCUAAAGACUGGUUUCAGUAGCGACAGACGGAAAAUGAAAAGAUUUAGCGUCCUGAAAAAUAAUCUCUUGUCUUAAACCUCUUAGCGAAACGAAUGGUUUUGUCUCAGACAGGCUCAGGGUCUUGAAGGCAUUAACGUCAUACCCCUAUCCAAACUUCCCACGCAUAAGCAACCUCCCUCUCCCUCCCCCCGAGGCUCUGACGACAGGUUAACACUCGGAAGGUCGGCGUUUGUAUAAUUUUACGGCACCAAAUUCAAUAUCAGAUAUAUAUUUUUUGCAGGUUAUACAACAGGAUGAGAGAUUUUAUACUGGUUGGUCUGGUUAUUGCACUCCUGUAUGUCACUGUGACAGCACAACAUCAAACUGGCCAUACUGAAUACGUCAUACUGUUUGACGCAGGUUCCAGUGGAACCCGUAUGUCAAUCUACCAGUUCCUGGACAGCGGACCAUCCUUAAAACCUUCUGACGUGAAAGAGCUUGAUCCUUCCCUCAGCAAAAUAAAACCUGGAAUUUCAGAGCUUGCUGAUGACCCUUCACGAGUCGAAGCCUACAUGAUGCCACUAUUGGAGUCAGCCAAGAAGACCAUUCCGCAAGACAAGCAAUCGUCAACUCCAAUAUAUUUGCUGGCUACAGCUGGAAUGAGGCUCGUUCCUACAGAUCAAGCAAACGCCAUAUUAGAUGAAGUUAGAAAAUUGUUUCAUGAUAAAGCUAAAUGUCCAUUUUUAUUCCAAGAAGAUGUAGAUGUUAGAAUCAUUUCUGGAACGGCGGAAGGAAUUUAUUCUUGGAUAACUGUUAAUUUUUUGACGGGCAUUUUUGGCACAAAUCAAGCCUCUUAUGGUAGUUUAGAUUUGGGAGGGGCAUCGCACCAAAAUGCUUGGAAUUUGAAAAGGAGAAAGAACCCUGAAACGUUUUCUAUUUCAGUGGCAGGAAAAAACUAUAACGUUUUUGCUCGUAGUUAUUUAGGUUAUGGCCAGGAUGAGGCAAAGGAACGCUAUUUAGAAUCCAUUGUCAAAAAAAGCGAUUGUCCUGAAAAUGCAGAAUGUGCCGUCAAAAGUCCCUGUCAUAAUAAAGGUUUCAAGGAAUCACUGGAAUUUAAUGGCCAGGCACGUGUUUUUGAAGGCACAGCUCAGGUUGAGAUCUGUGAGGAUAUAAUCCGUAAUUUAUUUUUUUGUCGUUCGUUAGAUUUGAAGAAGUGUCCUUUCUCUAACCAACCUAGAUUAAGAGGCAAAUUCUAUGGAUUUUCAGCGUUAUAUUAUGUUUUAACAGACAUAAACGCUGUCUGUUCUGAUUGCCAAAACAAUUUCGUCAACCCAAAGAAAAUCAAGAGACACUUGAAAUCAUUUUGUGGAAAAAAUUACGAUGAGAUAAACGAGAGCCCUUAUAGCAAAAGCCAGUGUUUUGGUGCCAACUAUAUUUACGAGUUGUUAACCGAAGGCUACAGGCUGAAACCUGGGAAGAAAAUCAGGAUCGCUAAUUCACUGAACGGGUUUGAUCUGGAUUGGAAAAUGGGCGCUGUGCUCCAUAACGCUAAAAUCUUAGACAUCAAAGGAAUAUCAAAAAAAUAG